AAUUAAUCAAGAUCAAGGGGCUCCCGGGCUGAGAGCAGAGCGUUAACCCUUCUAGUCCCAGAGAGCGACAAGACGGGGGAGGAAAAACGCGGACGGCCGGGGCCAAGAUGCCCACGGCAGCCCCGCGCGCGCUGCCUCUGCCAUUUAGGGAGGCUCCGGACCCCUUGCACCCGGCCCGGGUGGUUGGGCGCGCGAGGUUAAGAUCAGAAGCUCGGGCAGCUGCUUGGGCCGCGAGUAGCAGCCGCCUCCCGCAGCCUAGGCGCGCCGCGGGCUCCUCCUCCCGCCCAAGCGUGGCCAAGUGAGGACUGCUCCGGCCGCAGGUAGCUGAGGCGCGGGAGGCGGCGCGCGCGGGACCAGAGAGGAGCGCCGGGGAGGGGCCGAAGGACGCGCGGGCGGACGGACUCCCCAGCCUCCCGUCCCGGACGUUAGCCGAGGUCUGCGCGGGCCAUGUGGGGACCUGGGGUCACGGCCGAGGGCCUGUCGGUGGCUCCAGCGCCGCCGCCUCUGCUGCCGCUGCUGCUACUGCUGGCGCUGGCGCUGGUGGCGCCCUCGCGGGGUGGCGGGGGCUGCGCGGAGCUGGCGUGCGGCGAGCGGGAGCGCUGCUGCGACGCGACCAACGCCACGGCGGUACGCUGCUGCAAGCUACCGCUGCACGCCUUCCUGGACAACGUGGGCUGGUUCGUUCGCAAGCUCUCCGGGCUGCUCAUCCUGCUGGUGCUCUUCGCCAUCGGCUAUUUCCUGCAGCGCAUCAUCUGCCCCAGUCCACGCAGGUACCCGCGAGGCCAGGCGCGCCCAGGACAGCGGCCCGGGCCUCCUGGGGGCGCCGGACCGCUGGGGGGCGCGGGGCCGCCCGACGACGACGACGACUCGCCCGCUCUGCUACGCGACGAGGCAGCAGCCGGCUCGCAAGACUCACUGCUGGACAGUGGCGGCGGCGGCCGAGGCCGGGGAGGCGGCGGGCGCUUGGACCCCUCCUGCGCCUCAGAGCACGAGCUGCGUGUAGUGUCGCCGGUCUUCCUGCAGCUGCCCAGCUACGAGGAGGUCAAGUAUCUGCCCACCUACGAGGAGUCCAUGCGGCUUCAGCAGCUCAGCCCCGGGGAGGUCGUGCUGCCAGUGUCAGUGCUCGGCCGCCCGCGAGGCGGGGUCGCCGCGGAGCCCGACGGCGGCGAGGGCCGCUUCCCCCUUAUCUGAGCGCUCGGGGAUCGGCGGCUGGUGCAGGGCUGGGGGCUACGGGUGGCACGCAACGGCCGGGGUGCCGCUGCCAACUGCCUCAGACCUUAUCUGGCACCCUGGCCUAACUGCCUGGCAUCCCGCAACCGGGUUGGGGUCACUCGUCUCCCUCGCGUUCUCCCGGGAUCUUAUGUUUCUCUGCGUUUCAUUCCGUUCAAAGAAACGUGGGGCACGUGUGGCGGGUGCGGCUGCAGCAGGCGACCCUCGAGCGCACCUUCGAAGGACGUACCCGCCCUCUGCCUUGCCUCGUAUUGUGGUUCACUCGUUAAGUGCCUGCUUCCCCAGUCAAAGAGAACAUGUGAGCCCUUUGGUGCGUCGAGAGAAGGGCGGUCUUCUUUAGGGCUGAGGAGAAAGGAGUGCAGUUCCUCUCCUUUCCCUACCUGCCACCUGGACAGGUCACGGUCUCCCAGGGUGGGCAGAGGGCGAGGAGCUGUUGAGGACCAGCCGCGACCGGGGACUGCUGCACGUGGGUGUGGGAGAGCGCCACUUAGGUAUGGUGGAAUCGCUUUUGUGCGGCAGACCCCCAAAAAAUCCCUCAGUGUCUUCUUGAUCGAGCAAAUAGUCACAGCUGGUGUUUCACAAUUAGGUGGAGUGCGGGGAGUGGGCUGUGGGGGACACCUGUGAUACAAGGUUAGUUGCUGUACCUACUCAGGGCACAGCAACCAUGUGUAUCCAUUCGACUGGACUUUUGAUUGUUCAAUAACUGAGAAGGUAUUUAUAUUUAUUUGUCUUUUAUUCUAAUAUUUUUACCAUGCAUUGAACGCAACAGGAGGGUAUUUCAGCAAAUUCAUGACAAGGUAAUCGUCUUAUCACUUUUUGUAGGCCAUUAAUGGUCAGGAAAUUGCCCAUACUCUGUCAUUAUUGUUUAAUAAUUCAUGAAAUUAUUUCAUUAAAAAAGAAAAACAGAGGUAUGGUCAAACGAGGAAGCAUAUGUGACCUACAAACAUUGAAGGAUAUCUUAUUUUCACUAUUUGAGAAGAAUAUAUUUUAUUUUUAGUACUGUGGCAUAAUAUAUAACUUUUUAUAAUAACUGUAUGCAUUAUGUAGUAUAGCUCUUAAUUGUAUCAUUCAUCACAUAAUUAUAUGUAAAAAUAAUUGACAUGUAUAUGCCAUACCAUGAAGCGUAUGAUGUGCACUUUCUCCUCCAUUUUUCAUUUGGAAUACAUUGCACAACAUGAUCCAAAACAUAAGAACUUGUGACUUGUAACUUUUGUUUAAAGCCAUUAAUUGUGCGGUAAUGUGCUACAGAAGGAUUCAGUCAGCUUCUUUUAAGAAACAAGUGUCAUUGUAUCAGUUUCCUGUUCUGUGACACGCCCUUUAAAAGUAAAAGAUAAUAUAACAUAUUUUAAUACAUUGUGUGUAAUGUACAUAUGCAUAUUGUCUAUGUACUAUAUACACAUUGUUUAUAAUAGUGUUAAUACAGUUUGUCAUUCUCCUGAAAGGAGAAGGAAAUACAAAAAGUUUCUCUGCUUGGGAAAAGGUGAAUGUUGUUAUAUCAAGAAUGAUUACACACAUGGAUCUCAUACAUGUUUUUAGAACAUUGUUCUUCUGAUUGAAGAAGUCUGCCACUCCUGAAAAAUUUUAAAAUAUCUGACUUGUAUUAGAAGAAAAUUAUUUGAUUAAACUUUUAAAGGCUGGUUGAAAAAGUCUGACAGUUCUGAGAAAUUUUUAAAUGUCUGAAUUGUAAUAAAAGAGGAUGAUUUACUUUAAACUUCUAAAAACUAAUGACCUUGUGACUAAAGAAAAAUCAUUUGAAGUGUAUUAAAACAUAGCAAAACA